AUGACCACACGCGGCCAAUUUAACACCAAGAACCCGACCAUCAAGCGCAUAUUGAAGGAAGCAUCUGAGCUCUCUGUAUCGCCCUCAGCAGACUAUCACGCCGAACCCCAGGAAACUAACCUCUUCGAGUGGCACUUUACAAUUCGCGGUCCACCGGCACCGUCGCCCUAUGCUGGCGGCAUCUACCACGGUCGCAUCAUCCUCCCGCCCCAGUACCCCCUCCGACCGCCCGCCUUCCGCUUCCUCACUCCCACUGGCCGCUUUGAGGUGAACCGCGAGAUCUGUUUGAGCAUAUCGGGCCAUCAUGAGGAGACGUGGCAGCCGGCAUGGGGCGUUCGGACUGCCCUCGUGGCCAUACGAAGCUUCAUGGACACGGAUGCAAAGGGCCAGGUCGGCGGCAUAGAGUGUAGCAAAGAAGCGAGAGAGAAAAUGGCCAAGGAGAGCGAGCUUGUCCAAGACAUGGAAGAGAAAGAAGGCAAGCGAAAAGAGGAAGUCGUUCCAGACGAGCUAAGGCUUGCAUACCGUGAUGAGCUGGGAAGCAAGGGCGAACCAAGCGGGGAGGUAAACGCUGUGGAUACGCCAUCUCACUCCGCAUCGUCUACAGCGCCGACGGCCAAGACAACGACAGGGUCUUCUAUUGACACAGCUACGUCCUCGGCGACCCCAUCGAGGACACAGACAGCCCAAGCAACAGCAGUAGCAGUACAGCCCCCAGCACAACCGUUACAACCACUGCGACCCUUGCAACCAGUACAGCCUAACACGGAUCGCUCGCUUGCUCUAAUUGACACCUUCAUCUAUGGCAUCGUCGCUGCUUUGCUGUUCAUGGUGCUCAAAAGAUUCGCCUAAUCGCCCUCGGCAAUACUCCAGUUAUGGAACCUCUUAGGAAAAUUCUAGCCAUGGCAAGUGCAGUUUCGUGUCCGUUUUCUUUUUCCUUUAGAACCACGUCAUGAAGAGCGAUGGAGUUAAGGUGUUCUUUGCUCGACUCCCGGACUUGGGCAAUGCCCUUCUCCAGCUUCCAUAUUCCUCAUGCUUUCUCAUAAAGCCCAACACAGUAGUUCCCGAUGUCAAUUCA